AUGAUUCGUUGCACGCUGAGGCUGUUAAGGGCAUCUGAAGGGUCCGUCAAAGAAGAGGAUAUUGAGGACAUUCGAGGUUACCAUGCAUCGUUAACAGACAUUGUGGAACAUGUGUCUUCCCUGAUGUCCAGACACGUGGCUGCUGGCUACGUCAGCUCCUUCCUCAGUGUGUGUUUCUGCCUGUACAGCGUCAUCAACGACGACACGUCCUUUAUGAAAAUGAGUAUUGUCGCAUAUGCUGUUUGCUCUUCCAUUCAGCAUCUCAUCGCUCUCACCUACAUUGGUAUCAGACUGCACGAAGCGGCACACCGACCUCUGAAUAUUCUGCAUGACUUGGCUGGGAGAACUAUGCCAGAUAGAGUAAUUGGACUGGUAACACUGUUCGCCAACAAGUUGUCUCAACGUCAGAUUGGAAUCAGUGCCUUAGGUCUAAUGACCAUCACGAAGGACACUAUUUUAACGAUCAUCGGUACCCUCCUCACCUACGUUUUCAUCGUGAUCCAGUUUAAACCGGAAUCAACUGGUGGAUGUCGACAGGAUGCAAACACUACGGCAAUAUAACUGCAUUAACUCGUAUUUGAAGUGAACUUUACGUUUUAUGCGCU